AUGCGACCGGUCAGCAUACUGCCGCCGCAAUUCGAGUCAGCGUUCGGCUCCACUUCGAUGAGCGGCACGUUCGACAAAUAUCAAGCCCACCGAAGCUUCAUACACCCUGGGCAGGCACCUGGGCAAUUUGAAGGAGCCUUGUCACCCAGUGUGCUGGUGCCGCAGUCCACGUCACAGGGUUCAUUGUUAUCGCCGGGGCCUUUCAAUGCUCGACGAAGCGAUUCAGAUCCAAGCACGUCCAAAUCACACGUACAAUCGCCCCCUGAGAAUAUUCAAGUGAAGAGCGACGGAGCCACUGUUUCAUCUCCUCAAGCCAUCGAAUAUAAGCCCUUGCAGCCACCGACAGAACAGUCUAAGAAAACUGAAGAAAAUUCGCCCCAACCGGCAGCUCAGCAGUCACCACUGAGCUCUAUUGAAUUCUCACAGACGCGACCGAUACCAGAAGAUCUACUCACUCCACCGAAGGCCCUCGAAUUUCUUCAUUCACCAACAAAGCAACUUGACUCAACUUCUCCACCAAAGCCAAUUGAACAUUUGUUGAACCAGCCGACGUUUUUGGGCUUAUCUUCUCCUGCAAAGCCCAUUGAUUUCACCUCACCGCAAGCGAUGGCAGUUGACUUGGCUAGUCCACGUCGGCCUAUUGAGUCCUCGGCGGACCAGCCAACGUCUCUGGGCUUAUUUUCUCCAGAGAAGCCCACCGAUUUCACACCAUCGCAACUGCCAACAGAAGGCUCUAAGAAAACAGAAGAAAAUUCGACCCAACCGACGGCUCAGCUGUCACCACUGAGUUCUAUUGAAUUAUCAGAGACUCGACCAAUACCAGAAGAUUCACACACUCCACUGAAGGCACUCGAAUUUCUUCGUUCACCAACAAUGCAACUUGACUCAACUUCUCCACCAAAGCCAAUUGAACAUUCGCUGAACCAGCCGAUGUCGUUGGGCUUAUUUUCUCCAGCGAAGCCCAUCGAUUUCACCCCAUCGCAGCCACCGACAGAAGACUCUAAAAAAACAGAAAAUUCGCCCCAACCAGCGGCUCUGCAGUCACCACUGAGUUCUAUUGAAUUCUCACAGACGCAACCAAUACCAAAAGAUGCACUCAGUCCACCGAAGGCCCUCGAAUUUCUUCGUUCGCCAAAAAUGCAACAUGACUUAACGUCUCCACCAAAGCCUAUUGAACACUCGUUGAACCAGCCGACGUCUCUGGGCUUAUUCUCUCCAGCGAAGCCCAUUGAUUUCACCCCAUCGCAGCCGACGGCAGUUCACUUGUCUAGUCCGCCUCAGCCUGUCGGGUUCUCGAUGGACCAGCCAAUGACUUUGAGCUUAGCUUCUCCUCCGAAGCCCAUCGAAUUCGUCCCAUCGCAGCCGAUGGCAGCUGGCUCGCCUAGCCCACCUCGGCCUAUUGGAUCCUCGAUGAACCAGCGGUUGUCCCUGGGCUUCGUUUCCCCUACGAGACCCAUCGAAUCUGCCCCUUCGCCACCAACGGCAGUUACCAUAUCAACUCCGCCUCCGCCUAUUGGAUACUCUGGCGCUCAACCAAUGUCAAUACAGUUGCUUUCUCCACCCAAACCCAUCGAACUUUUUAACACUCAGGGACUGUCGCUACAAGUAGAAGCAAAACCAAGCGAAGUUACCGAGUACGCAUCGCCAUUAAGGCCGGUUGAUGCCUCAAGCAACACGGCCACAAGAUUGCAGCUAGUAACCCCACAAUCGCCUCAAUUAGCAGGACUCUCACCCACGCAACCCGAAGCCCCGCACGUGGAGAUUGGUGCAUUUUCACCUCCUGCUGAAGCUAAUCACCCAGGAGCCACAGUACUCCAAAUCAAUUCCUCUGUACCUCUCCAACUCCAACUGUUACUGACGCCUCCAGAAGUCAUCGAACAGCAGCCGGAUCAAACAAGCCCGCCUGGCAAAGGUGCACUUGACACCACAGCAGCCAAGCCUUCGUCAGGUCCAGUGACUCCAGUUUCAGCCGUGUUAUCUCCGCAGUCGAACGCAAGCAGCCUCCUAAAUAGCCAGGCAACCAACCCAACGUCGUCCCUUCAGCUCCUUGACUCUUUGAACAAAGAGCAAGCUGAUAAGAGUAAGGCUAAACAACCACCCUCGCUCUUGUUUACUCCCCCUACACCAGUUAUAAAAUCUCAACCUCGAAGGCCGACAAUGACGGACGCGGCAAUGGGGCGAAGACCAUCUACAAAAAAGUUCUAA